AUGUCUACCGAAACAAACUGGCAAACGACAAGACCCACUAUCAGAGAAAGAGGCAAGUUUAUGCUCAACAACGAUCGAUUGAGCGAUGUCAAGUUUGUUGCUACAAAAAGCGAAAGUAAGCAAGUGAUUCCAGCUCACAAAUUCAUACUGGCGAUUGGCAGUCCUGUGUUUGAAGCCAUGUUUUACGGUGAACUGGCGGAGACUAAAGACACUAUUGAACUGCCUGACUGUGAUAACGAGAGUCUAUUAGAGUUGUUUCGUUACAUGUACAGCGAUGAAGUGAAUUUAAGCGGAAGUAAUGUAAUGGGAGUCUUAUACUUGGCCAAGAAAUACAUUGUGCCUUCACUCACUAACAAAUGCGUAGAAUAUCUGAAAGAAAAGAUGGAUCCUUCGAAUGUUUUCAGCAUCCUGCCAUUUGCGCAGAAAUAUGAAGAAAAAGCCCUGGUGGAUCUAUGCUGGAGGGUGAUUGAGAAUCAUACAGAAGCGGCUGUAAAAGCGGAAGGAUUUGAGACAAUUGAGAGAUCCUUACUUGAAGAAGUUGUUGCCAGAGACAUUUUGUCGAUCAAAGAGGUCACCUUGUUUCAAGCUGUAGAUCGAUGGGCAACAACACAAUGCGAAAAGCAAGGUUUGGCAGAAGAAGGUCCAAUUAAAAGACGAAUCCUCGGCGAAGAAAUGAUAAAAGCCUUGCGCUUCCCGGUUAUGACGGGAGAGGAGUUUGCUGUCAACGUCCUUGAUACGAACAUUCUAACUUCAGAUGAAAUAGUCACCUUGUUUAAAUACUUUACGGUACCAACCUCUCCCAGCCCUGCUGCGUUUUCUAAUACUCCACGGGGGAAAUUGACCCAUGCUGCAGAUUGCGCAAGCAGCUGCAGGUUUACCUCAUGUACUCCGACUUCGUGGAAUUGCCCUGGAGAGCGCAGUGAUUUACUCUGUUUUUCUGUAGACAAAAACAUUACAUUACAUGGACUCCGCUUAUUUGGCAGUGAAAAUAACAGAUACAAAGUAACACUGAAAGUUGCCUCUUCUGAUCGAGGUACAACAGUAGUAUCGAAAUCUGGAAGAUAUUCUUCAAAACUUUUGCACAAUAAAAACUUUCGUUAUCAUGGAUUUGAAGUUAUGUUCGACUCUGUAGCUGUGUUAAAAAGCAACACAAGGUAUCACAUUGAAGCGUUGAUAUCAGGUCCUCAGUCUGGAAGAGGAUGUAACGGGCUGGGUAGGAUCGUGGAUACUGUGAAAGAGUCCGUUGUUACGUUUACUUUUUCUUCCGUGGAUAGGGCAGACAGCAAUGGUACAGGUGUUAACGGAGGUCAAUUUCCAGAAAUCCUGUUUUCCAUUUAGAUAAGGUGUAUACAGUGAACAUGGUAGAUCCAAAACGUCUAACCCCUUUUAAUAAUAAUAUUUACCCAUAAUAAUCUUUAUUCAACCGAUAAAAUACCUAUCGAAAGUUAUAAAAGUCUUAAAACAUAAUGUAAAUUAAAAAUUACAAUUAAAGUAAUAUCAUAUUCUUAAUUUAGAAUUAAAGCAUAGCCUGUUCACAAAACAGUUUAUGAAACGUUCGGUUUUAGCUACAGGUAGCUAAAAUGUCUUUCUUCGAAGCCUUUGAGCACAUCCCUUUACAGUCGGUACUGAGAUAGAGUAUAACGGAUGGCGUUUCGUCCUCUCUAAUUUUAUCAUAGAGCUUUCUGGCAGAUUAUUCCAAAAGAUCAUAAAUACUUAAUUUGUCUGAGGUGUAGCGUCUUUAAUGGCAUCUCUUUAGAAAGCAAUCCAUAACAACAAGGUCAGCCUUGCUAGCACCAUAAAACGAGAGUCCAUAUGUCAGCACAAUUGAUUUAAAUGGAAGGUAAACAUCUUUCUGCCCAUAGCCCUCUUUCCUUAAUCCCCUUAUUAAAAACAAGCAUUUUUUAGCCUCGCAUAAAUUGGCCUUAACAUGUUCGGAAAAUUUACAGUUGGAUUGGAAAGUUACACCUAGUAAAGUUACACGAUUAUAUUGCUAAAUAUUAAACAUUUCCGGGUAUAUUGAAUUGUUACAUUUCUUUCUAAUUACUAGCUCCUUACAUUUAGCCGUAUUACAUUUCAUUCGCUAUUAUUGUUGGUCCAAACCAUAAAUUGUGCAAAUUGCGCUCUCUCAGAGUUGUCCAAACUUUCGUUCACGGUAACCAGUAUAGUGAAAUCGCUGUCCGCGUACUUAACCAUCGAUACAUCGUCGAGGUUGCUGUCGGUUUCCAGAUCAUCGUACAAAAACAAAUUGAAGAGAUGAGGUCUACUCACACUACCUUGCGUUGUUCCUUUACUGGUCAUCAUCCAAUCACACACCGUACCGUUGUAUACCAGCCUUUGCUUUCUAUCAGACAGGAAACUAAUAUACCAGUUAACCAUAUGUGGACUCAGUGGGCUUACUUUUAGUUUUUAGUGUUUACCAAAUCAGUGAAUAGCACUUUUCGCCCGUUUUGAUUGGCUCCCGUAACUUACGACCGGAGCCAAGAUGGCGUCUCGCUUCGAGGCAUUUUCGGAAGACGAAAUUUGAGCGAUAGAUGAAGCAGUCUUACAAGCAAAUACUAAGAAGGCGACUAUCUUACAUGUAAGUGUUUACUGGUAGGUAGAAAAUUAUUCAGUCAAGCAGCACCCCCCAGCACCUCACUGAACGGCUCAUACAAUUGGCUGUGAAAACAAUAGAAACGGUGACAUAACAAGGCUAACAAUGCCCCUAUCCCUGAAAACAAAAGGCAAUAUUGUUUUAGUCCACCACUGAAAUUGGAUGUUAAUGUGAGGUACUGGACUAAAUUAUUUUCAUGCAGAAUUUGCAACAAAAUCGUAAAAUGCGCUUGACAAAGUCCCCGAAAUGUUUGUAAAUUGUAAAUAAACUUCCUACUAAGUGACGUUUUUAAUUUGCAAAAAGUUACUUUUUUCAUUUUUAUCCAACUGAUUUGGUAAAUAAUAAGGCCUCAGGGUGGGUAAACAAGGCUAGAUAUACAUAUACCUCGACGCUUCGCUUCAUUAUUCACCUCCCCUUCGGGGGAUAGUUGUACAAUAUUUCGAAACGGACACGUUCAGUGUAAGGAUCGACUGCACAGAAUAGAAACUCCGCAGAAAUCGUAUUCAGAAACUGAAGUCAGAUCGGCUUGCAGAGAGUAAGGGGUACAGGGAAUAGGGGACGCAAGAGAAUGUCCUUCUUAGAUUUCUUUAGCGCGUAAAGACUUGACUCAAAAUACAAGACAGUACUUUGCUUUAUAGUUUUAUCCCUGUUUCUUUUUGUUGUUGUUUUUUUUUCCUGACUGUUUUAUUUUUUUAAUCAGUUUCACUACACGGUACUUUUAUAAGUGGUCCUGCCUCUCAAAGAGGACAAAUGGGAUUCGAUACUGUGGAGAUGUCGGGUGUUACAUUUACAUUUUCGAAAAUUGGAGGCAAGCUAGACUGUAACGGUACAAGUGAUGCCACUGGUCAGUUUCCUGAAUUUUUGUUCUCAGUUUAGAGGCUUUUUACAACCCUUUUUUACAAUUUUAUUGUUACAGUAUUUACUUCUUCAUUCAGUAUUUGCUUGUGUUUAUAUUUUUAUUAUAAACAUAGUCAUCAUCAUCAUCAUCAUCAUCAUCAUCAUCAUCAUCAUCAUCAUCAUCAUCAAAAAGAACAAAAGAACUACCUGUAGUCCCCACAUAGUUGGUGCCAAAUCCUACGCACUAUUGGAAUUUUAAAAGUUUGGGAAACAAAACAGGAUUUCGGGUGCUGCUAUGAAUGUUUUUUUUUUACGCUUAAUAAAAUCAGAAGCACUUAGGAAUGUCCUAACGCAAGUGUUCAAGACGUCAUUCCUUAAUAGGUCAUCGGAACCGAUUUUGGGGACACGUACUUCGACUGGCGAGCAACAAUUUUUUUGCUUUUUUUUUUAAGCGCAAAUGAAGUCGAAGUUUUCUUUGUGGCUGAAAAUUAAGUCCUGGAUAGCUAUUCAGGGUUCGCACAGUCUUGAAAAGUCCUUGAAUUUUAGGGGAAGUCCUUGAAAAGUCCUUGAAUUCCAUUUUUCCUUGAAAAGUCCUUAAAUUUCUGUGCAAGUCCUUGAAAAGAGCUUGAAUUUUCUUCAACUUUGAAUGUAGUAGCCUGGAAAGAAUUUUUUUAUGCUUUUUGGUUGUCCAAGACAGAAUAUAAAUCGUAGCUCAGUGAAUGUAAAGGUCAUUUACAUAAAGUGCUCCAUGUUUUAUGCAAUAAUUAACUAUCAGUUUAAGACAAGUGAACUGAAAAGUGUAGAGAAUUUGGUGAAGCAAACAGUUAAAGCCUUAAAGUCUUAUUAGAAUAUACUGGGAAUAUGCAUUUUUGUACAAUCUGUGAAAUUAUAUUCCUAGUAGGUUGUCCUUGAAAAUCUAAUGUGGUCCUUGAAAAGUCCUUGAAAAAUGGUUGCAAUUUUUUGUAUGAACCCUGGCUAUUGCUAAGGGUGAUUGAUGGGGAGGUUUUAUUCUGGCAAAAAAAAUUAUCGUAAACGACGACUCAGUCAGUGUUGCAAGUAUCUUUACUCUUGGGCAAUUUUGUCGGCGUGUUACCUCAAAAAUGAAGUGCUCAAAACCAAGAGCAAAGUAAUCCAAAGCUAUUUCCCCAACCGGAGAUUUUAAUUUGGGAAAAGGUCUAGUGCAACCCUACAAUAGGGAGUUCAGCAUUGAUAUCACCAGGUCUACGGUCUGGGAGAGAAGGUAGCUUGCUCGGUACAGAGGAUAUUGUGAAAGAGGCCAGUGUUACAUUUACAUUUUCGUCCUUAGAUAGGGAAGACCACAACAAUUCAAACGUUAUGUUUUCAGAGGUCAAUUUUCAGUCAGAAAUUCUGUUUUCCAUUUAGAUAAGGAGUACGUUGUUCAAAGUGUAUCCCCUGACUUCUAAACCUUUUUAUAUUGCUAAACGGGCACGUUCAAUUCAGCGUAAGGAUCGAUUUCACAGAAUAAAACCGUUGAAUAAAUUCAGAAACAAGUCAGAUCGGCUGGCGAUGGUAGGAGGGUAGGGGUGGUAGGGAUAGGGUGACGCAAGAG